AUGAAUCAAUUAACAUCUCACGAAAUGGUUCAUAAUCAUAACAAUAAUAAUUUCGAAGAUCAGAUUUUAUCUAUCGGAUCAGCGAAUACGCUCAAACGAGCGAUGACAGUAAACAAACUGAGUGAAAUGCUUGAUUGCAUUAAAGAUAUGAAAUUUUAUGCUAAAACCAUCGAACAAGAUCUACCAGAUUAUUUAUCAGCCAUGUCUGUAGAGAAACAAAAUGAAAUGUACACAACUGAAAUUGAAACAGAUAAUUUUCUUGAAUUAGCUGAACAACGGUUAAAUAAUAAUAAUAAUCGUUAUAUUCUUCUUCGUGAUUUAAUCGAGCAAAAAAAGAAAUCCAAUGAAUCACAAUUGAAAAAUUCCACAAUGAAUAAACAUAAGAAAUCUCUAGUAGAAAAACAAGUUGAAUAUAUGAAACGUGUGAUCGGUGCGCAACCAUCUGCUCUUGACGCAAUCUAUUUAGAAGCAUUACUCAAUCCAGAUCAUUGGCAAUAUAAUCAUGAUCUUCUUGAAACAUCACCUAUGGAUAAUUUAACAUCCAAUGAACGAAAACGAUUAAAUGAAAUUUUAAAUAAAUUUGAAUAA